AUGGCCAUCGAGUUUGCCACGGGGGCGAUGCGCUCCCUCAUUCCCAAACUGGGGGAACUGCUCCUGGAUGAGUACAACCUGAAGGGAACUGUGAAGAAGGGGAUUAGGGACCUCAAGGCCGAGCUCGAGACCAUGCAAGCUGCUCUUGAGAAGGUCUCCAACGUGCCAUUGGACCAGCUUAAUUCACAAGUCAAGAUCUGGGCCAAUGAAGUCAGGGAGCUAUCCUAUGCCAUAGAGGACAGUCUUGACUCAUCCAUGGUGCGCAUAGAUGGUCUUCAGCCUACAAAACCACGCACCUUCAAGGGCUUCAUCAAGAAGACCCGCAACAAGGUCAGCAGGUUCAAGAUCCGCCAUAGAAUAGCUGAUGACAUCAAACACAUUAAGAUUCAAGUUAGGGAGGUCAAGGAACGGUUUGAAAGGUACAAGAUCAACGAUGUUAUGUCUAAUCUCGCCACAACGACAGUUGACCCUCGUCUCUUGGCUAUGUACAACAAGGUAUCUGACCUUGUUGGCAUUGACAAGGCGAUGGAUGAGCUAAUGAGGAUGUUGCCUGAGAAAAGUGAAUUGUUGAAGAAUCAACCACUCAAGACUGUCUCCGUUGUUGGAUUCGGAGGAUUAGGCAAGACAACUCUGGCUAGAGCAGUUUAUGACAAGCUUAGCAGUUCAUCCACUUGUAGGUGUUUUGUACCAGUGGGUCAAAACCCUGACACGAAGAAAGUUCUUAGGGACAUACUCCAUGAACUUGACAAGGAAAAGUACAUAAACAUCACUGCAUCAAAAAUGGAUGCAAGGCAGCUCAUCGAUGAGGUGCGUGGAUUUCUUGGGAACAAGAGGUACUUUGUCGUUAUGGAUGACAUAUGGGAUAUACCAACGUGGGAAGUGAUAAAGUGUGCUUUACUGGACACUAAAUCUGAUAGUAGAGUAAUCACAACUACUCGUAAUAUUGAAGUUGGCAAGAGAAUUGGUGAAAUUUAUAACAUGAAACCGCUUUCCAAUGUUGACUCCAAAUCCUUAUUCUAUACAAGAACAUGUGGUGGUGAAGGAGUAAGUUCAGAUAACCAACCUGCUGAAGUAACAAGCAAGAUUUUAAAGAAAUGUGGUGGUGUGCCAUUAGCUAUCAUUACAAUGGCUAGCUUGCUUGUUGGUAAACGAAGUGAGGAUUGGUCUAAGGUUUACGAUGCCAUUGGCUUUGGGCAUGAAGACAACGAAGUUGUUCAUAACACAAGAAAGAUAUUGUCUUUUAGCUAUUAUGAUCUCCCUUCCGAUCUAAAGACAUGUUUAUUGUAUCUAAGUAUGUUUCGUGAGGAUAGCUUUAUUGAGAAAAUACCACUCAUAUGGAGGUGGGUCUCUGAAGGUUUUGUACCUGAUAGAGAAGGAAUGGGGUCAUUUGAGGUGGGAGAGAUCUAUUUCAAUGAGCUAGUAAACAAAAGCAUGAUCCGAUGGAUAGAAUUUGAUGAACGUCGGAAAGUUCUAAGUGGUUGUCAUGUCCAUGACAUGGUGCUUGAUCUCAUUCGCACAAUAUCAAAUGAUGUGAACUUUGUUACAGUAGAUGCCAUGGAGAAGAAUAGCAUAUGUUCGCAAGGCAAACAAACCAAUAAGGUUCGCAGAUUAGCACUUCACGGAGGAAGUGUGGAACACAACUCUAGCAUUCGAAUGGAAUGGGUGAGGUCAUUUACUGCUAUCUCGUGCAGUGAUAGUGGAAUGCCUCAACUGUCAAUCUUUAAAGUAUUACGUGUACUAGUUAUAGAGGAUUGUGUUUUUCCUGAAGGCCAUAGUCUCAAGGAUCUUGGCAAGUUGGUCCAGCUGAGGUACCUAGGACUAGUGGGGACGUCGGUCAAGCUCCCGGAAGGAAUAGGGCAUGAUCUAAAAUUUCUUGAGAUAUUGGACGUCAGGGGAGGUACCAUAAGUGAGUUGCCAUCAUCUAUUGGUGAGCUAAAGAAUUUGAGGUGCUUGUGGGCUGAUAAGGGUACAGAGAUGAAGGGUGAGAUAGAGAAACUGACAUGCCUUGAAGAGUUGCAGCUUUAUUCGGUGGACAAAUGUCCAAACUUCUGCUCUAUGGUGGGGAAGCUAACAGAGUUGAGGGAGCUCAACAUCCAUUUCAACCAAAUGGCAGAGACGGCGGGCAAGACUCUGGUGGAGUCUCUGUGCAACCUGCGCAAGAUCCGCAGCCUGGCUACCUGGCCUCAUGGUGUAUCCUCGCAUGUUCUGGGUGGUAGCUUGGAAUACUUCGCACCCAGUUCAAAUCUCCGUUUGUUCCAUAUGUUGAGGAUACUUAUACCCAAGAUGCCAUCGUGGAUCAAUUGUUUGCGUGUUCCACUCCUUUUUCGCCUGUGUUUGCAUGUGGAGGUGGUAGAAGCUCAGGAUAUUCAAACCCUUGGAAGGUUACCGUCGCUCCUCCAACUCAUGCUCAGAGUGGAGAAAAGGUGCACAUCAUGUACUUUUGGCAGCGAUGAGUUUCACAAACUGAGUUUGCUGAAGACCAAUAUGGAGAUCUGUAUUGGACAAGGAGCAUUGCCGAUGCUUAAAACGCUGGCAUACAGUGCCAGCGCUCGAGAAACGGAUGUGGCCAGCUUGGUAACCUUGUUGACAUGGAGUGGGAAUUGCCCUUUGCUGGAAAACAUCAGCUGUUCUAUUAACUGCGCUAACAGUGGGAAUGUGGAGAUACUGGAGGCAGCGCUGAUGAUCGCCGCCAAACAUCAUCCCAAUUAUCCCAAGCUCAAGGUAGAAAGAGAGAACUACGUCCGACCAGAAGGCAGGUCGAGAGGUAGUGCACCGCACUACUGCAAACAAAGAAGAGGCAGGCAUUGA